UUUUCUAUUGGUAGUUCUGGUUGUUUACCUUUUAAACCCUUUUGUUUGUUUGAGAAUAAUAUUUUCUUUCUUUGAUGAGAGGUUGGAAAGAGCAAAUCAAUCCUUAUGUGACUCCAAAAACAAGAAUGUUGCACACAUCAAAACAAAUGAAAGCAUAAACUAUAGCACCCUAACAACCAAUAUAAAGCAAAUCUGAAUUACUUAAUCCAGCCCCUGCCUCCAUCCCUAGAAAGUUUCAAUUCACCAAACUAGUGCAAUUAAGGUAAGGAAUUUGAUAAUUAUGUCAAUCAUUUUGGUUCAAUACAUGGUCUCUAGAGGUUGAACAUUGGUUGUUAAUACAGAGUAUUAGGAAUUCAGACAGGUCCACAGUAGUUUUUCUAAAAAAGGCCUUUUUUAGUCAAAAAAAGCCACAGAUGCAUGUGUUUGUUAACUUUGAUGCGGGAAAUCAGAUAAAGUUGGAGGGGUCUAUAAGCAGCUACAUACAUGGUAGAGAUCCAAAUCUUACGCGCCACUGUUAGACCUCUCUCCCUCUCUUUCUCUCUCUUCUGCAAAAACAAAACUAAUACUAUAAUUGAGCUAUGCAAAAUAAGCAUUGGAAGAUCAAUGGAAGGCAAAGGAGGAGAAGUGAGGCGACUUCACAUCAUCUACUUUCUGAGUCGAAUGGGUCGAGUGGAACAACCCCAUCUCAUUCGUGUCCAUCAUCUCAACCGCAAUGGUGUAUAUUUGCGAGAUGUUAAAAGAUGGCUUUCGGAUUUGAGAGGGAAAGAAAUGGCAGAAGCAUUCGCUUGGUCUUACAAGAGGAAGUACAAGACGGGUUAUGUUUGGCAAGACUUGCUAAAUGAUGAUCUCAUCACCCCAAUCUCUGACAAUGAAUACGUCCUCAAGGGAUCCCAAAUCACUGGUCUCCAUUUGGAUCCCUGUGAGAAAAACGCUUCCACCCUGAAGCAGCAAGAGGUUGAGAUUGAAGUUGAAGAUGAGAAUGAAGGCAGACAACAGCGAGCCUCAACAGGAGAAGCAAGUGAAGGACACCCAGAUUCUAAAAUCCAUACCCCAAUGAAGACAUCAUCCGAAAUCAUUGAAGAAUCACCCCCAUUCAGCUCAGAGACCUCCACGGUGACAGACUAUUCUAUGAAGUUUGAAGAAGACAAAUCUCUGGAGAGGAGUAAACAAGAAAUGAGUGAAAGGGAUUUGAGCUUUGAAAAUUCUUCUUCUUCUUCUUUCUAUUCUAACCCCAUCAAUAAGAAGAGCAAGACGAAGAAAAAAAAGAAGACAAAUAAUGUGGAAAAGAGUAGUGCAGCACCAAGUUCAUCAUUUGCAUCAUUUACAAAGAGCAAGAGCCAUUCAAGUGGAGCUUCUCAGGUGUUCCGCAAUUUGAUGACUUGCGGUGCUGUGGAUACAAAGGAUUCAGCCCUAGUUAUGAUGAACUGCCCUGAUAAAACUAUGAAUAAAUUGGAUUGUCGAGCAGAGAAGUUGGGAGGGUCUGCCAGAAUCCUUGGGACUCCUAGGAAACAUCAACAACAGCAACACAGCGGCCGGAUAAGCUUUGAUGGAACAGAGGGUUUAAAGAAGAAGGGUGAAUUCGCCAACUUAAAAGCCGCAUCUGCUGCUUUCAAGCCAGUGGCUACUCCCAGUUGCUCGCAAUGCGGGAAGUCGUUUAAGCCAGAGAAAAUGCACACACACAUGAAAUCAUGCAGAGGGAAGAAGGCAUCAGCAAAGAGUGCUGCUGCUGUUGAGAAAACACCAUCUCGACCGGCAAAUUCCUGUAACACUGAUUCAGUUCCUGGCUAUUUCUUGACCCACUGAAAGUUCCAAUCUCUUAUACAGAUUAGUUUUCUCCUUUUAUCUUUCUACCUUUUCUCGAUGUAAAGUGCAAAAAGAGGGUGCAUAUUCAGAGGAUGAGCAUGCAAAUAUAGAAAAACAAGAAUUUACGGUUCUUUA